AUGGCAUUCAAAUUCAUUUUACUUUGCUCAUUGUUGGCUAUUGCCAAUGCUGGAGUAUUAUUCACACCGAACACCUACGCCGCAACGCCGGUCGCAACCGAAAACAUGAAUGACGCUUACGCCAAAGCAAACUCACACGCUGUUGCUUCCACACAGGAAAAUGUGGUUCGUUCUUUUGAAGGUACUGUAUCGAGUUACUCCAAAUCGGUUGAUACACCGUACUCAAGUGUACGUAAACAGGAUACUCGCAUCAGCAACAAUGUUUAUGCACCAAAAACAGUGGCAUACGAAGCUGCACCAACUGCUGCUAUCUACACUCAUGCUGCACCUGUUUUAGCUAAAACUAUUGCAUAUGCAGCACCAGCAGUAGCUAAAUCAGUUACCUAUGCUGCUCCAGCUGUUCAGAAAACGUUCACAUAUGCUGCUCCAGCUCCCGAUGUUACUAAGACCGUUACUUAUGCAGCUCCAGCGAAGACUAUUGCUUAUGUUGCUCCCGCUGUAGCAAAAAGUGUUGCAUAUACCGCGCCAGCUGUUUCAAAAAGUGUUACUUAUGCUGCUCCAGCUGUAACAAAAACCUAUAUAGCUCCUGCUCCAACAGUUUAUACACAUACCGCUCCAGCAGUUUCAAAGCCUAUAACAUAUGCUGCUCCAGCUGUUGAAAAAACCUUGGCCUAUGUUGCUCCAACUGUUGAGAGGACAUUAUCUUAUGCUGCUCCUGUUGUUGAAAAGUCAUUAACUUACGGGUCUCCAGCUGUUGAAAAAACUGUUAGCUACACCGCAGCCGAUCAUAAUCCAGCCACUGUUUACUCUCACGCUUCUCCAGUUGUAUAUCAUCAAUCAAAUCCUACACUUGUCAGCCAUGUUGCGCCUGAAGUAACCAAAACUGUCUCCUACGCAUCUCCAGUUGCUACAUAUAAUCACGGACCAGCUGCUACAACCUAUGCUCACAACUCUCCCGGUGUUUCAGCCUAUGGCAGCAGCCAAACUGUACACUACUCACCCGCUGAAAUGGUAUCCCAUAUGAGCUUCGAUGGAUUUGGUACCCAUUGGGAUUAUUAA